AGUCAAAUAAUAGGUAAACAUCAAUACAUGAUUAACAUUUUUCCCACAGUCAUUAGAAAAAAUACUUGAUUAACAAUGUUAUUUUAUAGAAAAAGAACACUGUAUUUUACAGUAUUAAUUAUAUUAGGUUUAGUGGCUUUUUCAACUCAAAUUGACGUGGAAGAAGAGGCGGAGGUAACUAAAGAUCCAGAUUUCGAAGAAUUUGAACCAGACGUACCGAAUGUCGACGAAUCCGAAUCACUUUUGUCGAACGUGGUUUCUGAUGUCGACAAAACGCUAAUCAACAUUUACAACCAUGUUACAUCCGCUAAUGUGACCGCAGAAAACAAAACACAGCUAGCCAACGAAACGAGGAAGCUUGUGAAGUGCAAAGACAUAACAUAUGAUGAGCAAAACCCAGAAAUUGAGCCUAUAGUUGAAAUUAUAAAUGGGAGCAGUUUAUCCAAGAUUUUGCAAGUCAAACCUGAUAUAACCAGUCGCGACAUUGAAGCAGAUUGCGUUUUAGUACUAUUCUAUGCGAGAGCCUGUCCAUUUAGUGCUCAUGCCGCACCACAUUUCAAUGCAUUAGCUCGAUCAUAUCCUAAUGUGAAAAUGGUAGCUUUAGAUGCAUUGAGAUAUCAUGGAAUCAAUGCCCAAUAUGGUAUUGUUGGUGUUCCUACUUUAAAAAUGUUCCAUAAUGGCCGACCAGUUGGAAAAUUCAACGGGACUGAGUAUAACAUUCAUUCUUUCAGUAAAUUUGUUCAUGCAAUUACAGGGCAACAUCCACAAGUCCUGUUGGUCACAUCUAAAGACUUCCAGGGGCCUGUUUCAAGUGUAGUUGAGAAGGAGACUGAUUACUUCUUAGUCCUGUCAUGGUUGUUUAUCAUAAUAUGUUCUGUGUAUUACUUCAUGCAGUCAAAAUGGUGGCGCAUGAUUGUGGAGACGGUACAAAAUAAUUGGCGGGAAUCAGAGGCUCAACAUGAGCAUAAUGAUUAAUUUAUGUUUAAGUGGAAUAAAUGUUUUUUUAUGUU